GGCUGCUGCUUUCUGAUCUGUGAAUGUGUUUGGAUAAAUUAUUGAGGCCAAACUUCAAUAUUUGACUCGGAGCGUCGCCUCGUCCUGAUCCAGAAACAUAAAUUCAGAUCACUUUUAAAGAUUUCUCUGUCACUCAUAUUUAAUAUUUCACAUCAAACUGUUUGCUGUGUCUUGUCAAUUUGGGGAGAAAGGAAGUUGUUUUAAUCACUCACUGAUGAAUUAUUGAACUGAAGUGAAAACUGCUGGAACACAUUACAGCCCGGAGGAGUUUUCUUUUUCUUCUUCUUCUCCUCCUUCAUGUCUUAUUAAUCAUCACUGGCCUCGUUUCCACUGCGGCUUCAAACAAACCUCAGGGGACCGAAAACUAAACAUUUGGCUGAAGAUGUUUAAGUGUUUUGUGAGACGUUACAGGCUUGAAAAAAGCAGUGCGGUUAGUUUAAUGUAAGUUUAAUAAGAGAAGGUGUCACUUUGAUUCAGGCUGAGGAGAUCUCAGCGUAGGGAAAGCUGCACAUUUCUGUCAGGGAAAUUAAAGAAUAUAUAUAUUUUUGUCAUUGUACUUGCAGUUUGCAGGAAGACGCUGAUUAUUUAAUAACUCAAACAGAAGUAAAACAUACAUAAUACAUGAAAAGCAGGAGUUUUGUUGUGACUGUGACUUAUUGGUGUCACUUUUACUGGACGCAGAAGCUUUACAGUUUAAUUUUAUAUAUCUUUUCUCCACAUUUGGCCAUUUGAGCUGCAGGGAGACAUUUUUAAAAGCCCCACAGCUUAUAUUUAUCUUACUGAAUCCAUCACUUUCAAAGCAGUCGUUAAAUGUAUUAAAAACCAGGACACCAGAGAGGAUAAAUUAAGAUUUAAUGUUUUUUAAAUCAUCUUCCCUUCACCUUUCUCUGGCGACUUAAGCAGCAGACUUCCAACAACUGACCAACUCGACUCGUUUGUGUUCAACACAUUAAAUAACUGACUUCACCGCCGACACUGAAACCAUUUAACAACACUGAGAUUUAACUGAACUGACCUAAUUUUUUGCACCUGUGAACACACACCUUCACCCCUCCAUCACCUCCACAAACCUCCACAAACUCAAAUGAACUGUUUUUCCAGUUUGAAGCACAAUCUGGAGAGUGUUUCCCCUCUUCAUCCCCCCCCCCCCCCUCCUCCUCCUCCCCUGCAGGGCAGAAACAAUCUGCCGCGCAUGAAUAAAAAUUAAUUUUUCACCGUGAUGAAAAGACACAGCGUCUCGCCUCCUCGCCGCCCGCAGGACAGCAGAUAAAAGCUGUUUACUGUGAGGAGACUUCAGAGCAACACAACGCGUCUCAUUUAUGAAAAGAACAACAAAACCAGGCUGAACAGUGUCCUCCUCCUUUUGUCUUCUGUCUCAUAAUUGUUUUUGCCCACGAGAGCCAAGCAUUAAGAAACACAGGGGUGGGUUUCUCUUUUGUCUUCAGAGUGACAGAGACAACAGGAAGUGAACUCAGCUUGACUCUCAGCUGGGUUUUUAUCAGAAGUGACACUUUUCUAAACGGAGACAGACGUCUUUGUUGAAGGAGUUUGACUGAUAAAAGCAUUUACUAAACUUGAUGAAGCACAUUCUGGGAUUUUAAGUGGCUUCAUUUCUUGUGGGAAAUCUUUCUUUUCUGAGGGAAAACUCAGACUACAGUGACGCACUGUUAAAAUAUUUCACCUUUAUGAGAAUAUCAUUAUUUUUUGCAGAAGAGUCACAGAAGCCACACAAAUACACUACAUUUGAAUUAAACCUGGAAGAAAGCAGGAAACAUUUUAAUUUCAUUUUUUAAGAACUGCUUUGACUGAUUUCUCUGAGGAUUUCUAGUUGACCUUUGCAAAGGAUGAACAUGACUCUUCCUACAUAACGGAUCUUUGUCUGGAUUAUAAAUUUCACCAACUCUUCAUUUGGUCUGAAAAUUUGUCUGAAAUCUGGUGAUGUUUUUGGACCCAUUUUUGUUUGGCAAAGUUAAUCUCAGAUUUGGGCGUGGUCAUCUGAACAAGAAUUAUCUUUGUGAAGGUCAUUUUGGCUCAAAGGUCAAAGGCUGAUUAAGGGGAAAAUAAGCAAGAAAACAGACGGCAAAGACGCACCUGAGGACGUCGCAUUUGGAGGGUAAAAGUCAGACAGCGAGCUGGAUUAUUGACUCGUUUCCUGAGGGACCUGCAGAGACAGAGGACAGAGGACGCCGAGAUUAAAAAGACACAAAGGACGCAGAGACGGAGAUAAGUGUCAGACGUCAUCAUGGGCUGCAACAUGUGUGUGGUGAAACGUCCGGAGGAGCAGUACAGGAUCAUGUUCCAGCAAAAAGGCUGGAGUGACUCCCUGCGGCCGCUGGACAGACACGGAAACAUAAAGGUCAGAGGACGGAGACCCUCUCAGCUCCCGCUGGACAGACCACAGAACUCCCAAGAUCCUUUGCACCAACCUGGUCCAGUUCGCAAGAGUCAAAGAAGGAAAGGUACAUUAGUGUGCAGUGGUAACGGGACUGGAAGCAGCUCCAUCUACUCCGUUGCCAUGGUUGCAAUCCCCGACUGCGUUGACAACGCCACGCAGACGGACAUCAGCUUCCAGAACAUCGUUCCACUGGGGAAGAACAGAGGUCACCACCACAAUCACCACGGGCGGGGAGGCGGCUCCUCCUCUCCUCCGCCACCUCCACCCUCCCCUCCCCUCCCUCACCUCGGGGGACCGUACGGGAUCAAUGAGUUCUGUGUGUUUGAGUAAAACGACCCCGAUGACUACUUUGAUGUGUCCAACCAUGAGGUGGACAGGCAGGACGACCUGGAGUACGAGGAGGUGGAGCUGUACAAAUCCAGUCAGCAGGAGAAGCUGGGGCUCACAGUCUGCUACAGGACGGACGACGAGGAGGAUCUCGGGAUUUAUGUUGGAGAGGUUAAUCCAAACAGCAUCGCAGCCAAGAACGGACGCAUCAGAGAGGGCGACCGGAUCCUGCAGAUUAAAGGAGUGGAUAUUCAGAACAGAGAGGAAGCUGUGGCCAUUUUGACCCGAGAGGACAGCAUCAACUUCUCCCUGCUGCUGGCCAGGCCGGAUAUAGAGAAUGACAACCCUGAUGGUCUGGAGGAGGACAUGGAGCUGACUCUGGAGGGAGGAGGCUUCCACCCAAACCCACGAGCCUCCUCCUGCUCCCUCCCUUCCACCCAGCCCUCUGGCUAUUAUCGCCUCUGCCGGGGAGGAGGAGGAGGAGGAGGAGGAGGAGGAGGAGGAGGCGGCCUGGCCUGCCCGGGGGGAGCAGGAGGUGGAGAAGGUCCUGGGGAUGAUGUGGAUGUGGAGGAGGAGGAGGAGGAGGAUGAGGAUGGGGAGGAAGGAGAAAGAGGAGAGAAGGAGGACAGAGACCCCCCUGUGCCCCUCCCUCCUCUGCUGAGCCUGGCUCCUCUGCUGUCUAACAGCCAGGAGCUGGACAGCGGAGUGGGCCGGACAGACGACAGCACCCGCUACGAGGAGUCGUCUGAGCACGACCUGCUGGGUGAUCAGACCAGUGCCUGUAACACCAACACCACCAACACACCAGGCAGCACCAGGAAGUUCAGAGCGGGACCCAGCCCCAGACCCAGUCCCAGACCCAGCCCCGGCCUCGGCCCCAGCCCCGGACACGGCAGAGGAGACACCACCCCUCCUUUCCUGCAUCUGCGAGACCUCCAACUCAGCUCCGACUCCCUCCCUGGCCUGGACUGGGCAGCUGCGGGAGGAGCAGGAGGAGCAGCGUAUAGCCCCCACCACCAUCAUCACCACAAGCACUACCACCACCAUCACUACCAGCCCCCACUGGCGAUGAUGAUGCCGGGCCUGACGGAGGAAGAGUGCCAGCGAUACCAGGAGCUGCUGGAGAUCAAGUGCCAGUACGAGAAACGUAACGAAAAACAACAAAGAGAAGCGGCGUGUAAAGACACUGAAGCAGAGGUGAAGGACCAGGAGGAGAGAGAAGAGGCAGAGAGGGGAGGAGAGGAGGAAGCUUCUUCUUCGUCUGCGGUGGACGUGAACUGCAGUGCAACUUUAAGCGAGCACGAGAUGGCGCUGAUCGAGGAGGAGUUACGCCACCUGGAGUUCAAGUGCCGCAACAUUCUCCGAGCGCAGAAGAUGCAGCAGCUCAGAGAGAGGUGUCUGAAAGCCUGGAUGAUGGAGGAGGAGACGGUGGCAGCCGGAGCGGGGCGACCAGGCCCUCCUGAAGCAGGUGUGGAUAAUGACAACGAGGAUGACGAUGAUAAUGACCCUCAUCGUCACGAGUUAUCGGCUAUCAAUGAGCUGCCGGAGCGAGAACGAUCCGACGACAAAGACAGCACCAGCGCCUACAACACCGGGGGGGAGAGCUGCCGGAGCACGCCAUUGGUUAGCACCGAGCAGAUCCCUCCUCUCCAGGAAGAGGAAGAUGAAGGAGGAAGACGGCUGAUGUCUCCACCUCCUCUAUUACCUCUCGCUCGCCUCCCCCCUCUGAACUCCCCCCUCACCCCGCGGCGUCACGGGCGGGACCGAGACAGAGAGAGGCGCCACUCGAACCUCAGCUGCUCUUUCUCCCCGAGCACUUACAGGAAGUACGAAACAGCCAAUGGCAACGUCGCACAUGGGUCAAGCUCCACCCCCUCUACGCCCUCCAAGUUCAGGUCUCUGACCAGAGAGGUGGGGUCUUCUUCAAGAAGGGGUGUGGCUGAUGGAGGGCGGGGCUCCAGAGCAGGUGGCGCCACCGACAGGCCCGGAGGUGGAAGUGCGGAGUCCAGUCCUUAUUUCACCAGAAGACACCACAGCAACAACAAACCAUUAGAGCGCUACCAGAGCUGCAUGGCGCUGCCCUCUGAGGGCCUGGUGGACCCACUGGAUCGAGUGAGAGACAGAGCGAGGGCCGAGGGCGAGGAGAGGGGGAUGGGCACGGGCAGCAGUGGCCCAGCCAGCCCCAGGAGUGUGAACAGCGCCCCCUGUGGUCUGGAGGACCACCAUACAGGCGCCUCACGGUUAGGACUCGCGUUACCACUCGGGCUGACACACUCAUCACCAACUGCGUCACCACAACGCAUGGAGUGGAAGGUAAAGAUCCGGAGCGACGGAACUCGUUACGUGGCCAAGCGGCCGGUCAGGGAUCGUCUCCUGAAGGCCCGAGCCAUGAAGAUCAGAGAGGAGCGCAGCGGCAUGACGACAGAUGACGACGCUGCCAGUGAGAUGAAACAGGGCCGAUACUGGAGCAAAGAGGAGAGGAAGCAGCAGCUGCUGAGAGCCAGAGAGUACCGACGAAGAAGAGAGUACAUGAUGCAGAGCCGCCUGGACUACCUCAGAGGAGACAGGGACAUUUCAUCAUCAACCCGGGGAGCCGAAGACCUCCGUUCAUCCCAGACGGCCCAGCUUCACCCUCGACAGGACUCCCCUAGCAACAACAUCCUGUUACUGAGCCAGAAGAAGAUCAUGAAGAGGAGGAAUCGCCGCAUCCUAGACAACUGGAUCACCAUCCAGGAGCUGCUGGCUCAUGGCUCCAGGUCGCCGGACGGGAAGAAAAUAUACAACCCUCUGCUCUCUGUGACCACGGUGUGAUGUGAGGAGAAGAGAGGAGGAAGAAGAAGAAGAAAGAAAAGGACAAUACAAACUUCAAACUAUGAGAUCAACGCUUCAGAUGUCUUUGGGCUGGAAGGAAGAUAGACACGUGUUAACAGAGCAGAGAAGACUUCAUAUAAAGAUGAGGGAUUUAUAACCUGGAACAUUUUGAUGUAUGUCUAAAAACUGUUCCCUGAACUGUCUUUGAUCGUGAGCGUGAUGACGAAGGGAAGAUACAAGUAAAGGAAACGCGAGGAUGGAGUAUAAGGACCACACGCAGUAGGAGGCAGCUGAAGUGGAAAAGUGACAAUGACUCUGAAAGGAUGGACUCGGCAUCAAACAAGCAGCAAUAGCCUCAAAAGAAAUCAGGAGUGACCCUGAAAACCUGAACAGUUGGGUUACUUGUCCUGAGGGUUGAAUCUGGGAACAAAAAACUGUUAUAGGGACUGGAUGCUGGAUGGCCUGUUAAGCAGCCAAAGAAGUGCGAGUGUCCAGCCCAACAUAUGGGACUGGACUGAAUCCUGAGAACUGAACUUCUUUGACACAAAGAGCACCAGGUUAUAUGUCUCUUCAAACUCAGUAAAGACACAUUUAAGAAGGGAACGGUUUGUUCUGGUUCACUGCUGCUUUUAGGACCUCAAGAAAAUGUUCUUCUUCAAAUGACUCUUCUCUGUACCUGAAGGAGACGGGUUUCAUGUCCUGGUGUGUUCAGGCAGAAAUAUAGUUCAGAUAUUUUGAAAUGCGGUUGUUUGGGCUACUUAUCCAUAACAGAUGUCAGUCAACACGCCCCCAGUUUGGAGAGUCAGGCUGAAUGUCCGACAGUGAUUUCCACCUGGAAAAGGACACCGUUAUAUAGCUCUCUUUAAAGCCAGACUCCAUUGAGAAAAACAGUGAUUUAAUAUCACUGAACAAAGGAUCUACAGCUGCCUCAGCCACUUAGUUUGUACAUGUUACUGUGUGACUUUGGCGACGUUGGCAUCACCAGAGUCAUACAGUAACAUAAACUAACUAGUUAGUCAGUGGGGAUAGACAAGCAUCUCCCGUAUUCAGCAAGCUAGAAUUGCUGUUUUUGUCAGUGGAGUCUGGUGGCUUCGACAAGAGCAUUAACAGCUUACUUGUCGAAAAUUCCUGGUAAAGUGGUGAAAAUGCUCUCAAUAUAGCGUACACUUUAUUUUUUAUUUUUAUAUACUUUAU